AUGGCGCGCGCCGACCACCCCCGACCGCCGCUGCUCCAGCCGCCCGCGUCGCGGACCUCGGCCACGCCGCGUCUUCCGCUCGCCCCCUCGCUCGCCCACCAGCUGCGGAGGCCGGGGCGGAAGGACAAGUCGGGCGGCGCCCCGCGGCCCUCAGAGAAGGAAGCUCGGCUCCCCGCCCCGCCGAGACGGCAGGAAUCGUCUGGUUUCCUCUGGGUCAGACUGCCACCCACAAUCAUCUAAGCAGGCAACUUUAUAGAGAAUGCCCUUCCCUGGAAUGAUCCAGAAUAGAUGAAGAAAUAGACAAAGACUGCACCUGAGCACUUGUUCCCAGUCUUACCAAUUUCCAAGGCCAUGGUCCCAUUGAAAACUAUAGCUUAGUUUGGGACAAAAGCAAGCAAUUUAUGA